UAGGUUAUGUUAUUGUUAUAUUUGUUAUCAAAAAAUGGAUCGUAUUAAAUACUCCAGCCCGUUACUUUUGGAAAAUGAAAACACAUUAAUUUGUGACUGGAAUGUGCGUUUAUACGAUGGCGAACAAAAAACAAACUUCGAAGGUGGUGAACUAAUAAUAACUACACACAGGAUAUUAUGGGGUCGGCCCGGUGUCAUCGCCAAAGGGCAAACUUGCCUUGCCUUAAAUCUCAAUCUUGUGGUGUACUUUGAGGAGGAUUCGCCUGGCAUGUUCAAUCUUACAAGGUCGAGAAAAAUAAGUAUCUAUUUGAGUGAUCCGGAACAGGAUAACACAAAUGGUCCACAAUCCAGAAGCAUUUACAACUUCAUUAAGUUAUCGUUCCGCGAAGGUUACCACACUGAUGUCAUAGGCACACUCAAUGAUGUUUUACAGAAAAAAUAUUGGGUAACUCAGACGCCACAGGUAACUGCAACAAAAUCACUGCCACAAAUAAAACUUAGAACGGGAAUAGUAGGUAUUGAGAGAAGUCUGCAGGAGAAACAAAAGGCGACUGAUGAGAGCAUCAACAUAGCAUUUCAAGACCUAAGCAAACUGAUGACAAUGGCUAAGGAUAUGGUACGAAUAAGCAGGCAAAUAUCUACUAAGAUUAAAGAGAAACAAGGCGAUAUUACUGAGGAUGAAACAGUCAGAUUCAAGUCGUACUUGAUGAGUUUAGGUAUUGAUGAUCCAGUAACAAGAGAUUCAUACAAAUCAGACAAUCAAUACUACAAAAGUCUCGCAAAACAAAUAUGCGAUUUCAUGCAGCAGCAUGUUGAAGAUGUGGGCGGAAUGAUGGCUAUGACUGAUGUUUUUUGCCGACUGAACAGAGCAAGAGGUUUAGAAUUGCUGUCCCCUGAAGAUGUUUUAAACGCGUGUAAACUCAUGGACAGUUUAGGCCUACCGCUGAAAUUGUAUCAGUUUAAUUCUGGCGUUAUGGUCUUACAAACGAGUAAUUUGGAUAACGAAACUGUUGCCGAUGCCACUGCCGCCUUGCUGGAAGAAAGGGAGUCGCUUUCGGCGGAGGAGUUGUCGCAGAGUUUGGGCAUAUCUGUCACGUUGGCUAAAGAGAGGUUGUUGACCACUGAGAGAUUUGGAAAAUGUUGUAGAGAUGAUUCCAUACAAGGUAUCAGGUUUUAUCCUAAUUUGUUUUUAACCAGAGAAGAAUAAUAGUAUUAUGUAAUAUAAGAUGUUAAUAUAUGCACGUUUUAAUUAUAA